AUGGUGAGCUUUUGCAGAUCCCUUAGUAACGAAGCUAGAGAAGCUUUUCUAUCAGCUUUAGUUUCAGAAGGGCGAGCAGAAUGGUUGGAUAAAGGACAUAGGAAAUGCCUUAUCCUCUGGCACCGGAUUCAGGAUUGGGCUGAUAUUAUUUUACGCUUUGCAAAAGAUAAUGGAUUAGAGGAUACUGUUACAACAGUGGAAGAAAUACGAACAGGAAUAGAAUCUCGAGGGACAGAGCUUCAUGGGAUGGAUCGCACGGUACUUAUGCGAGCUCUAAAACUGCUCGAACAUAAGGGGAAGCUUGCGAUCUUCAAGGGCACUUCAGCCGAUGAUGAAGGCGUGAAAUUUUCUGUGUAAUUUAUGAACCAUAUUGAUUCUUAAAGUUCAUUAACAGCACGUUAAUAGGCCAAGUAUUGCUUUCGCUGUUUGAUCAACAAAGUUAAUUUAGCGUAAUUUUACGGGGCAUAUAAUGAACUGGACCAAUAAUUCUAGUGUUAUUUGUUUUUUUCUUCUGGCUUUUUGUUUGGCUUCUGGGGAAUAUAUGGAAGGUGGGCAGAAGAAUUAUUGAAGCCACUGUGUUUUGA